AUGGCCACCACAAUGCGCGCAUGGCAAUUCAAAGCCUCAUCGGGACCCAUGGAAAAGAACCUCUCCAUCCCACCCUCAGGCCUCCCCAUCCCAUCCAUCAAAGACGAUGAAGUCCUCGUUGAAAGCCACGCAACAGGCCUCAACGCAAUCGACUACAAGAUCCUCGAGCUCGGCCUAAUAACACGCCUAGUCUUCCCCUCCAUGACCCCCGGAUUAGAAAUCUACGGCCGAGUCACCAAAACCGGCAGCAAAGUAGCCAAGUUCCGUGAAGGAGACGUAGUAUUCGGCUCGAUUGGCCCAGGACCCAAACACGGCGCGCUCGCAGACUACGUCCCAGUAUCUCAAGACCUACUCGCAAAAGCCCCAGAAGGGCUAAAGGGAGACGACCUCGUCGCCAUCGCUCUCGUCGGCAUGACAGUCCACACUGGUCUGGCUCCGUAUGCGAAACCCGGCAGCAAAGUCUUCAUCAACGGCGGUUCCGGAGGCACAGGUGUAGCGGCGGUUCAAAUGGCGAAGAUACUAGGCUACGAAGUCACGGCGUCGUGCUCGACGGCGAAUAUCGAGCUUGUCAAGAGUCUGGGCGCUGACAACGUGUUGGAUUAUACCACUGCGCCAAUCAUCGAGCAACUGAAAGACAGGGGCGAGGUGUUCGAUCUCAUACUCGAUAAUGUGGGUGCGCCCGCGAAUCUGUAUCGUGCUUCUACUCCGUUUCUCCGCGCAGAAGGCAAGUUUGUGCAGGUAGGGCUGGGCGUGAGCUUAAGUGGUGUGUUGCAGCUGCUUGGCAAUAAUAUUGCGAGUUUGCUUAGUUGGGGGAAGAGGGGGUAUGUGUUUGUGGAUGCAAAGCCGAGUACGGCCGUUUUUGAGCAGUUGGCCGAGUGGACGAUCGAGGGGAAGCUGCGCGCGGUUGUUGAUUCGACGUGGGAAUUUGGCGAUGUGCCCAAGGCGUAUGAGAAGUUGAAGACGGGGCGGGCGAGGGGAAAGGUUGUUGUGCAUGUCAAGGAGGAUUGA